CGCAUUCGAGGUGGUAAGACAUAUGUCGCUUUUUCUAUGAGAGCCUGAAAGAAGUAAACAAAAUAAACGGAAAUAUGCAAAUCGACAGCGUUAAAGAAAUAACAGACAAGUUAGGGGGAUCUCUGUCUUUAGACACGGGAAAGAUGGACAAAUAUGAAAGAUACAAACAAGAGGGGAAAGAGGCUGCACUGGGUGGUAAUCUGAAUCGUGCACUCGAGCUGUUUCAGAAAGCUUACCAACUGCAGCCAAGUGAAAAACUAAAAAAACGGGUCCAGGCCAUACAGGAGCUAGUGGAAAGAGAAGAUGAGGAAGAUGAAGAAGAAGAAGAAGAAGAUUUUGUGAAUGUUAACGGUUGUGGAUUGAACCUGUAUAAAGGGCUCUAUGACAAACUCUAUGACCAUCAGAAAGAGGGCGUGGCGUUCCUGUACAGCCUUCACAGAGAUGGAAGGAAGGGUGGAAUCCUGGCGGACGACAUGGGCCUUGGCAAGACCAUUCAGGUCAUCUCAUUCUUGUCAGGGAUGUACGAUGCAGAACUGGCCAAUCACACGCUGUUAGUCAUGCCAACCUCGCUCAUAAAGAACUGGGUGCGUGAGUUUGCAAAGUGGACCCCUGGUAUGCGAGUAAAAGAGUUCCACGGUUCCAGCAAAGCCGAGCGUAACAGAAACUUGGAGCGGAUCCAGCGCAGAGGUGGAGUCGCUAUUACCACAUACCAGAUGCUCAUCAACAAUUACGAACAACUUGGAACAUACGAAAACCGUGAGUUCCGCUGGGACUACGUCAUCCUGGACGAGGCACACAAAAUCAAAACAUCAUCCACUAAAACUGCUAAAAGCGCUCACGCUAUUCCGGCACGACACCGGGUGCUGCUGACCGGCACUCCGGUUCAGAACAACCUUCGAGAGAUGUGGGCGCUGUUUGACUUUGCCUGCCAGGGGUCACUGCUGGGAACCUCCAAAACGUUCAAAACCGAGUACGAGAACCCAAUCACGCGUGCACGAGAGAAAGAUGCCACGCCUGGAGAGAAAGCUCUUGGAUUGAGGAUCUCUCAAAACUUAAUGGACAUCAUCAAACCUUAUUUCCUUAGAAGGACAAAAGCAGAUGUUCAGAGCAAAAAGGAAAAACGUUGCGAUGAUGGUGACCAGGUAAAGGAGGAUCAAGAGAACAAAUGUCCAAACGCUGACGGAGGCGCAGAAAUGCCUUCGCUGACACGAAAAAACGACCUCAUAGUGUGGACCUACCUGAGCUCAGUUCAGGAGGACAUUUAUAACCAGUUCCUCUCACUGGAUCGAAUUAAGGAGCUGCUGAUGACUACAAGGUCCCCACUUGCCGAGCUCACAGUGCUUAAAAAGCUUUGCGACCAUCCCAGACUCCUCUCUGCUCGCGCUGUGGCUCAGCUAGGCCUUGAGCAGGGUUGUGACUCCAACGAUCCAGACGAUGAGAGCGAGUCUGCUGUAAGCCAGAUUGAUCGUAUUUCAGAUGAGACUUUGAUUGGCGAGUCAGGAAAGCUGGUGUUUCUGGUGUCUCUAAUGGAAUGUCUCCGUGAGGAGGGGCAUCGUACUCUGAUCUUCUCCCAGUCCAGAAAAAUGCUGGACAUCAUGGAGCGUGUCCUGCGCAACAGAGGCUUUCGUUUGCUGCGAUUGGAUGGCACCGUGACACACCUAGCAGAGAGGGAGAAACGUAUAACGCUGUUCCAGACCGACAGACGCUACACCAUCUUUCUCCUGACCACUCAGGUGGGUGGAGUCGGUAUCACGCUGACGGCAGCUAACCGUGUCGUGAUUUUUGACCCGAGCUGGAACCCUGCGACAGAUGCCCAAGCCGUGGACCGCGCCUACCGCAUUGGCCAAACCGAAAAUGUCAUCAUCUACCGUCUCAUCACCUGUGGCACUGUGGAGGAGAAGAUUUACCGCAGACAGGUAUUUAAAGACUCUCUCAUACGGCAGACCACCGGCGAUAAGAAGAACCCCUUCCGUUACUUUAGCAAGCAAGAGCUGCGAGAACUCUUCACACUCCAGGACACACGCUCGUCAUCCACCCAGCAGCAACUUCAGGCCAUGCACUCGCAACAUCGUCGCUCCGACACCAAACUAGACCACCACAUAGCUCAGCUUUACGCUAUGGAGAUGUUUGGCAUCUCCGAUCACGACCUCAUGUUUACUAAAGAAGCAGCGGCCGAUGAAGAUGAUCCUGAGAAUGCAGAGUCACACGAAUACAUCCAGACACGUGUCCAGAAAGCCCAAGAGCUUAUGCAGGCAGAAUCAGAAUUGCACGGACAGCUGAUGGACAGCGUUGCCCAAAACACUGAGCCCGCUUGGCUUAGACAAUCAGGGCAGCGUGGCAUACAGACGUCCGCUGGUAGAGACCGGCCAGCCCCUCCCUGUGCCAAACACGAGCCGGUCACAGUGGAUCUGACUCAUUACAGUAUCGAUGAGCCAGAGUUUGAGGAGGAAGAGGUGCUGGACUCUCAGUCUGGUGAGGAAGUACAGGUUGUAGGUGAAGACGAAGAGGAAGACGGUUCUCCUUGGUCAGCUGGAGAUAAGAACUUGUCUGCUAUGAAGACAGAUGUUACUAAUGACAGCCAACCUGUGAUCUUGCUAGAUGACGAGUACGACAACAAUACAGCAUCCGAACAGCAAAACUCUGGACACGGCUUGUCGAAUCACUCUCACCAGUUUUCCAAGCUUGAUGAAGUUUCGGUAGUGUCUGAUCCACUUGAUACCGACUCCGAGAAAGACCUUUCUGUAGUGUCUGAUCCACAUGAUACUGAAAAAGACCUUUCUGUAGUGUCUGAUCCACAUGAUAGCGAAAAAGACCUUUCUGUAGUGUCUGAUCCACUUGAUACCGAAAAAGAGCUCUCUGAAGUGUCUGAUCCACUUGAUACUGAAAAAGACUUUUCUGAAGUGUCUGAUCCACUAGAUACUGAAAAAGAUCUUUCUGCAGUGUCUGAUCCAUUUGAUACUGAGAAAGACCUUUCUGUAGUGUCUGAUCCACAUGAUACUGACAAAGCUCAGACUGAAGCCCCCCAUUCAAUAGUCCUUUCAUCACCCCCAUCUCCAGUGGAUUCUCCUAAAACAGGAGUGGAGUUGCUUCAAGGAAACUUCAACCUGCAACUUGAGGACAGCGCAGAUAUGUUUUCAGCUGAGGAUGAAGCAGGUUAUGAGGAGGAAGAGUCUGUGGCAGAUGACAGUCCUGGGUUUCAGCUUCAGAUGGAUGUCAGUGGAGAACGACUGGGAGAACCAAGCGUCCACAAUAGCAGAAGAAUCAGCCACUAUAAUGACCGCAAUGUCAGCAAGCAUAAAUCUCCUGUGAGGCAGCAUUCUGCUUUGGGCACACCAGCGGAUGAAUCAUUCCUGCAUUCUGUUCGGAGACGAAAAAAGAUGCAGAUCAUCUCAGACAGUGAAGAAGAUGAUGGGGAAGAGGAGGAAUUAGAGAGACCAUGUAUAUUUAGUAGCCCCUUGGUUGAUGGCCACAACAAGCUGGGCUCCUCCACACCAAAAUCCACUGUGACCGACAGCACGCGACUCAGGCGCAGCUUGAAUGCUUCAGUGGCAUCGAGAAGGUCUUUCGUUCUGUCUGUGUUAGACAACGAGUCCGAUGAGGAAUCAGCAGAGCCCAGCGAAGGAGAAAACGAGUCCUAUCAGAUAUCUGAAGCCAGUGAAACUCACGCAGAGGAAUCUUUGAUGGAAGAGGAGGAACCGAGUGGACUGACUCUAAAUACAGAUGAGUGUGAUGAGGAGGAGGAACCGAGUGGACUGACUCUAAAUACAGAUGAGUGUGAUGAGGAGGAGGAACCUGAAGAGAUGUUGGAGACAACAGAAGAGAAUCAGGAAGAAUCCACUGCGGAUGUUGAACUAGAGUCAAGUGAAAUGAUGGAUCAGUGUGCUCCAAAACCAAAUGUUCUUUCUGUUGAAACCAUCAGCAUUGAUGCUCCUGCGAAGGCCCCUGAAAACACAUAUGAGUCUCUGGUGCUUUCUGGGAAACGUUGUUUGGCGGAUGGUAGGAAGCAAGAAGCUCUGGAUUACUUUUUGAAAGCAAUUGACCUAAAUGUAGGUGAUGCUGAGAUUCAACUGCUGAUUAUUCAGUUGUACAGACAACUCAGUCAACAGGGACAAUAAAACAAACAUGCAAUCUUGACAUUUUUGUAAUGUAUAGAAACUAAAAUUUUUGGUCUUUCUUUCUCCCUCUCUGUGUCGCACUUGUUCACCUGUUGACAUGAAAAUAAUUGAGGCUGGCUAAAUGAAUAAAUUAGUCAAAAGAAAAAUAUUGUAUUUGUUAAUACACAGUAUUUUGUUCUUUGUUUAUUUUCAGAAAUUUGUAUUCUACCCCAUUGUUUAAGAUAUUGUUCCAUUUGUCAA